GGUGUAGUGCGUGGCGGGGACGUGCACGGAGCGGCGGGGGCGCGCACUGGAAGGUGUGAGGAGUGAGUAAAGGCAGGCGGCGGCUACCAGCGACGACGACCGGGAAAGUGUGUAACGCCUGGGAGGAUUUAUCGGUGCUGUCGAGAAUAGUGAACAUGGAGGCCGUAAGGGUCGGGUCUGCAAAAAUAUGCAUCAGUAUCCCAUCGCUUUGGAGUUAAUGAACUGGAAACACGGGUACAUUUGCAGAUUCUUUCAAAGGGCAGUAAAAUUAGGAUCACUGUCAUUGCAAAUAGUUCCUCAUCUAAAUUUUUUGUGAUUUGGUGAAGUGAUGCCAUUGAAGAACGUGAAAAUGGUAGAACAUGUAAUGGCCGCUUUGGUUGGAUUUAUCUUAUUAGCUGUUCACAGUCAAGGUCAAAACUUUGACAUCUUGCCACACAGAAAUGGAAUGAAAUCAAACUCAGACCCCAAGAAACAAGAGAAUGGAGUAACACUGGCUCCCGAGGACACACUGCCCUUUUUAAACUGCUAUUGUUAUGGUUAUUGCCCGGAAGAUGCUACAAAUAAUACCUGCAUUACUAAUGGACAUUGUUUUGCUAUCAUUGAAGAAGAUGAACAUGGAGAAAUUACAUUAACAUCUGGCUGCAUGAAGUUGGAAGGCUCAGAUUUUCAGUGCAAGGAUUCUCCCAAAGCCCAGUUACGAAGGACAAUCGAGUGCUGUCGGACUGACUUUUGCAAUAAAGAUUUGCAGCCCACGUUACCACCGGAUGGAAGACCAGUAGGAAUAUUUGGCAGAAGUGUCCACGUCAUAGCUCUGAUUAUAUCUAUUGUCGUCUGCUUAUUAAUCAUGGUGGUCUUCAUCUUAAUCACCUGCAUGUACAAGCACAAAUUAGCAACCCAGAGAAUGUUGUACAAUAGAGAUCUGGAACAAGAUGAGGCAUUUAUACCAGCUGGGGAGUCAUUAAAGGCUCUCAUUGACCUGUCACAGAGCUCUGGCAGUGGAUCGGGCCUUCCCCUCUUGGUCCAGAGAACAAUUGCUAAGCAGAUCCAGAUGGUGAGACAAAUAGGAAAAGGAAGAUAUGGAGAGGUUUGGAUGGGAAAGUGGAGAGGAGAAAAAGUGGCAGUGAAAGUAUUCUUCACUGCUGAGGAAGCCAGCUGGUUCAGAGAGACUGAAAUCUACCAAACUGUGCUGAUGCGACAUGAGAAUAUAUUGGGUUUCAUAGCUGCUGAUAUUAAAGGGACUGGAUCAUGGACACAAAUGUACCUGAUAACAGAAUACCAUGAGAAUGGGUCUUUAUAUGAUUUUCUGAAGUGUGCCACUCUGGAUACAAGAUCUCUUCUUAAAUUGGCAUAUUCCGCUGCCUGCGGUCUCUGCCACCUACACACUGAAAUUUACGGUACUCAGGGAAAGCCAGCAAUCGCACAUAGGGAUCUGAAGAGCAAAAACAUCCUAAUCAAGGAAAACUGGACUUGUUGCAUUGCUGACCUGGGACUCGCAGUAAAAUUUAACAGUGACACGCAUGAAGUAGAUAUUCCCCUGAAUACCCGGGUUGGCACAAAACGGUAUAUGGCACCUGAAGUCCUGGAUGAAAGUUUGAAUAAGAACCAUUUUCAAGCCUACAUAAUGGCGGACAUCUACAGCUUUAGCUUGAUUAUUUGGGAAAUGACCCGCCGCUGCAUCACUGGUGGUAUUGUUGAAGAAUAUCAGUUGCCAUAUUAUGAUAUGGUACCCAGUGACCCAUCCUUUGAGGACAUGAGAGAAGUUGUGUGCAUUAAAUGUUUACGGCCUACUGUGUCAAAUAGGUGGAACAGUGAUGAAUGCUUGAGGGCAAUCUUGAAGCUAAUGGCUGAGUGUUGGGCCCAAAAUCCAGCUUCCCGUCUCACAGCUCUAAGGAUCAAAAAGACGCUCGCAAAAAUGGUGGAGUCACAAGAUGUCAAGAUUUGACAACGGAACUAGUAGGCUCCAGCAAAGGGACUCUAAACAGAGAGAGCAAAGUGCAAGAAGAGGCAACUGAAGAUUCAGCGGCCUCCCUGAUACAUUUUGCAGGCUGCUAUAUAAAGACUUAACUCUGUACUGUGUAGUAUAUUGUGCCGAGAGCACAUCCUCAUCAUUGAGAGCCUCUGUGUACGUCAGAACAGAAUAUUUUUGUUUUUUAUAUUUUAUCAAGACUUUUAUUACAGACUUUAAAGUUCCAGUUUUAUGAGUAAUGAAUUGCAUGUUUAAGCUAUAUUGCUUUCUAUGAAAGCAGCUACAACCAAGUUAUUUUUUUCUUAAGAUUUGCUUAUGCACCCUUGUGGAGAAGAAACCUGUCAACGUUGCCUUUUUGUUAGCAAGAUUGUGCCACCAAUAAUUAUUUGCCAUGUUUUGUUUUUAUGUAAAAUACAAAAUGCCAAACAUUCUUGAUAUUAUGUAAGUGUCCGGUCACCAUCACAAAUCUGCUUAUGCUCCUGCAGAUCACAACUUGCACAGAGAAUGAAUUAAGAUUAACAUUACCUAACAUGACUAAAACAGAGACAACCAUUCCAGCCACUGUAAUGGUUAUCACUUCCCUUCACCUUCUCUUUAUAAGCGUAUUCCUUUUACAUUUAUUUUUAGUUUUCCCUGUGUAUCUAAAAUGAAAAACAAAGCAAACAGCUGUGCAAUAGGUGUUAAUUGAAAAGUGCCUAUUGUUUUGUGUAUGUAAUGCUCAUGUGGUCUGAUUCUGUAGUUAUACUUCUAAGGCUUUGGCUCCCUACUAACAAACAUAUUAGAAGUGCAUUUUUUGCUUCUGUAUUUUGGUCACAAAUCCUGGCCAGACCACGUGUCUUUUGACUCAAACUGACCAUCUGGGACACUGACUCUCAAAUGCACAUGUAAUAUAUGUAAUAUGCUCAUAUGUGAGGAGCCUCUGGCUGUAAGGUGACAUUUUUAUCUGGUGUUCUACCGGAUUUGUAACAUCCUGAAAAUAGAAUUUAUAAAAACUAUAACAGCAUAUGUGCCGUACAUUAUAAAGAUUUACCUCAGUGUGUUAUUUUACCGAUAAAGCAGUUUUAUACUGAACUCUAGGUAAUAUAAAUUAUUUUUUUUAAUUAUUUUUUUUUACAAAAAGUAAGCUGCCAGACUAAAAUUAUUUCUACCAAUUUUUUUUGCCAAAUUAUCAACAGGAAAUCUUCAUAAAUGUGCAGAGUGUACAUAAUAAAAAAAUAAUAAUACAGCCAUCAACAAUGCAGUUGAUGCUAAAAAAAACAAAACUAACACAAUGUGCAAAAAAGACUGUGAAAGUGGCUAUAAAUUUCUAACAGCCAUGAUGCGGGCCCAUUUUACUGUCUGUUAUGCCUGCAAUGCACGUUUUUUUUUCUUUCCCAUUUGGCUUCUUGACCAGGCAUAAGAUAAGAUCCUAUGGCCUGUGUCCAGUUCAGAAGACCUACAGUUUUCUGGUGUAUUAUAGAAGCUCAAUUAAACUAGUAUUAGACUAGGUUUCCACACAGGGUUUUUUCUAUGUUUUUUCUGGAAAACUGUCCCUAUAGUUUUCGAGCCAAAGUCAGAAGUGUGUUCAAAAAGAAUGGGAAAUUUUAAGAAAUGACCUCUCCUUCCACGUGAAUUUGCUUCUGAUUUUGGUUAAACUGCAGUGGCAGUUUUCCAAAAAGUGGCAGAAAAAACAAUGUGUUGAAACCUAGUCUUAAGGGCACCUGAAAGCAGCCUAUGGGUGCAUUCACACUAGCAUUUGUUCCUCCAGGACAUGGAUACUAAAAAGAAUGGGGUGCUGCAUUUCCAUGCUCGGAGAGGCACGGAUGCCAUUCAUUGCAAUAACCCGUAUGCAGUCAGUGUGGCUUUCUGUGCUUAUCAGUAUGAGAAAAAAACUUGUAAGUGCAUUUUGGGGGUUUUCUGAUAUAACUGUGCCUGAGACACACACAUCAUAAUGUGGAUGCACCCUUAGUCACUAACUUGUUAGCUGCUUAGCAGCUACAAUGUAAAAUGAGAGGAGCACAGCAAUGAGCAGUUUCAGAAAUCAAAUAUUAGCCUUUGAUUUUCAUUUUAAGAGUAAUACACAAUGCUUAUACACUUUAUUUUACUCUGCGCAGCACACACACUGUUACCCAUGGCAGCCCUGUAUGUGCAGUGAGGUUUGAAGAUGGAUUGCGUGUCAGUCACGUUAGCGUGCUGGCCCGUCCUCCAAACAUCACUGCCGCAAGGUAGCCCUGUUUGUCUGCUUAUAGGAGAAUAUGCAACGUAUUUCCUGAUGCGCAACGUGAAAUACACUGCAUACAUGAAAUGUGUGCCCCUACUCUAAUAUUACUAGACUCCUGAAGUACAUUAUUUUUUUUAAAUAAACAUCCCAGUAUAAUAGCUUGUUUACAUGAAAUUAUUCCAUGUUUUGUAGUUCCCAAAAGCAGGAUUGUUACUUUUUAAAGAGUGACAGUUUUUCACCUGCACUAAACCCAAGAUAGUGGGUUUAUAGUGCGGGUGAAGAGCUCUAAAAUGAAGGGUCACUUACUCUUUUUGGUAGCCUUGAUGCAGAGCUUCGUCCUUUCAUGCUGUUAUUCAUAUUGCGCUUCAGUGUGCAUUGGAGGUGACAGCCGGCUUGCCAAUUUCCUCUGCCUCAUCAAUAUUUACUCCCCAGCCCGCCUCCUUCCUGUGACGUUGGGGGGGGGGGGGAAUCUGCACCCAUGCUACCAAAAAGAGUAAAUGAACCCCUCAUUUAAAAGUUCUUCAGCCACACUAUAACACAAUGUAGGAUUUAAUGUGGGUGAGCAGCUGUCAGAUUCUCCAUAAGAUCAAAGCAUGUACCCAAACAAGGAAUUCAGCAUCUAAUAUCUGUAUGCUCAGCUUCUGCUCCUUUCUAGCAUGUCGGGGAUAUAGAGGAAAAUAAAAUUACAUUUGUCUAUAUGAAACAAUCUUGGUGCAAGUAUUGGGCUUGCUUUCCAUUUUUGCAUGACUUAUGACAUAAUGGGGUCAUGGCUCAGCUUCUAUUUUACACAAUGUUUAAGGUAUAAAAUCUGAGCUGUGGGUAAGACUAGACCAUUUAAGGCAGUUUAAUAAAUCUGGCCCACAAUGUUGUGUGUGACUGAAAUAAAUAAAAAAAAUUGUAUCCAGCAAGAAAAUACAGAAUGACCGUUAUCAGAUACAUUUAGUACGUUUCCAAAGGUAUCUUGUUUCAGCCUCCAUUACUUCUCAAGAUCAGUGGUGUCUUUCCUGGAAGCACCAACACUGUUAGGAAAUGAAAUGUGUGUCUAAACUGGAGACCCUUAUAAUUACAUCUUGUGCCUGUGAAUAGGAUGUCCAUAGAGAUGUAAUGGGCGAGAAAAAACUGUCUAAAAGAAAAGCUUUGCACAUAGCAACCGAUCAUAGCUCCGCUAUCAUUUUAUAAUUUGCACUCUUGAAAUGAAAGCCGAGAUGAUUGGUUGUUAUGUGUAACAAAGUUUUGCUUUUAAAAUUUUUAAUGGACACAAUGUGGGAGAUAAUCAAAACUAUAUGUAUUUACAUACAUGAUUUACUAAGACUGUCGAAUUCUUUAAACAGUGUGCACCAGGUUUAUCACAGUAACUUAUUUUGUUUUAUUACAUUUGGUACAUCUUGAGAUUUGUCUGUUAUAUAACCAAUUAUUUGGCUUAGAUUACACCAAAAUUUUGCUAAUUGGUAUCACAUGUCAGGCGUUGCCCUUUUGUGGCAGGCUACACACUUUAGGUGCAUCAAACACCCCAUUAGAGGCUAUCAGGUGAAUUUUUUUAUUCACCUUUGUAUGUCUGAGCUGCCACAAUUAAAAUUAACUUUGGCAUACUUGCUGCUCCACCCGGUGCUGCUGGUAUCGCUUUCCUGUCCUCCAGUGUGGUUUUCCCACUUUUGCGGCCCAACAGGUUACAUUGAAAGAUAGCUAGUCGCUGGCUGCAGCCAUGUCUUACCUCGGCAGGUGAGCAGCAGUGUGAUAUAUUGGGACCGGGCCCAAUAGAUCACACUGUCACUAAGCCUAUCGCCAGCCGAAGUGGAACAUCGCUACCUCCAGCUCCAUUAGCAGAGCCGCAGUGCGAUGUGAUGGGCUCCAAAAGCAGAAAGAAAGCCAUGCAAAAAAAAAUACCAGCAGCAUUGAGGGAGUAGCGGAAGGUAAGCCUAAGUUGCCCACAGCACUCUGUGUAAGUGCAGUUGUAAUUUUUCAAUUUCUUUACAAAAUGUAAACAGCAAUCUGAUUAGCACAGAUGAAAAAGCUAAGGAGUUGUACUGUAACCAGUCUUUUUCCAGUUUCACCAGAAACCUCGUUUUUGUCAAAACAUUUUUGGUUCCAUUAUAGUCUGUUUAAUUUUGCUGUAUGCAAAAACUCUAUUAAUCACGCUGUUGUGUAUGCCCAAAAACUUAUUUAUGGUUUUAAUUGUGUUUUUUUUUUUUUUAUAUGUAAGUCAAUGCUUUAGGAAAAACAAUAAGGUGGUGUAACUGUAAACAUACCUAAUUCAUCUAAAUCCUAAAUUAAACUCUGUAGCCUUAUAUAGCAUAAUGUCUUGUUUAGUGAAAGGUGCUGAACUUGUUUAGUUGCCUUACCUUAUGGUAAAAAAGAGACAAAUUUCAGGCAACACCCUUUUCUCCCAAACACUUGUUUUUAUGAUUUGUUCCUUUAGUCCUUUUUUGAGAUUAAAGGAAGUAUUGUGCAACCUCUGACAACAUGUUUCAAUCUCAUGUACCAAGGUCUGAUCUAAUUUGUGUAUAAUAAGCUGUAAAAAAAUAAAGUAACACUAUAGGUAAUGUAGCAAGUGUAAAUAGUUAAGAACAUGACAUAAACCAGUGGCUAUACUAUGAUAUAUAUAUAUAUAUGCCAAAACUGUAGAAUAACCUUUCAAAAUGUAACACUAAAUGUAUUUUGUACAGCAUCUAGUUUCAAAGGUGCCUUAUGUUUACCAUAAAUUGCUUUGUUCUGUACACAAUGUCCAAUGUAUCAUUUCUAAGUAAAUAAGCUUAUUUUAGUA